GGGGACGAGGACCGGAUCAUCGGCGGGUACCCGUGUGUCCCCAGGUCGCAGCCCUGGCAGGCGCUGCUGUUCGGGCCCCUGCGCUGCGGGGGGGUCCUGCUGCGGCCGCAGUGGGUGCUGACCGCGGCGCACUGCAACCGGAGGGGUCUCCGUGUCCGGCUGGGCGAGGAUGACCUGUCCCGCCGCGAGGGGACGGAGCAGGAUCGCCGCGUGGUCCUGGCCGUGUCCCACCCGCGCUUCGACCCCGUCACGCUGGACUCGGACCUGGCGCUGCUCAAGCUGGACCGGCCGGUGGCCACCGGCCCCGGCGUCCGGCCGCUGGCCCUGCCCCGAGCCUGCGGCCAGCCCGGGGCCAGCUGCCUGCUGUCCGGCUGGGGGACGGUCACCACGCCCCAGGUGACCCUCCCGAGCCGCCUCAUCUGCGCCUACGUGCAGCUGCUGUCGGAGGCCGAGUGUCGCCGCGCGUACCCGCAGCGCAUCACGCCCAGCAUGCUCUGCGCCGGCGUCAGCGACCGCCGCGUCGACUCCUGCCAGGGUGACUCGGGGGGUCCCCUGUCCUGCAACGGGACCCUCCAGGGCAUCGUGUCCUGGGGGCUCCAGACCUGCGCCCUGCCCGGACACCCCGGGGUCUACAGCAAAGUGUGUCGGUUCGUGCCCUGGAUCCGGGACACCAUGGACAGCAACUAGGGACAGGGGGACACUGGGGAC